GUCUACGCCUCAAAUUGAACCAUAACAACGUCUCGUGCUGCUGGUCGGCCAGACUCUUGCGCUUAACAGAAAACCGCUUGCAUAGGUUUUUAAUAUCUUCUUAAAGACAUACACAAGGAUAAAAUGUCUUCUUUCCAACUUAAUAUGUAUUCGCUCUUCAUUCUUUUAUUCAUUUGUGACAUUUCAGUGUCAGCUAAGUGGGGAUACGGACCAGAUAACACAGGCCCAGCAUUCUGGAAAACAAAUUAUAACCAAUGCGGAGGUGUCAGCCAAUCACCUAUAAACUUAGAUGAUACAGUGGCAGAAGUAAUUGACCUGGGAAAUUUCCAUUUAGAGGGUUACUUUGAUGCUCCUGAACCAGGUGUUAUGAAGUUAAGGAACAAUGGUCACACAGCUUCUGUUGAUCUUCUUCGAAAUUAUACGGUAUCUGGAGGUGGUCUCGGCGGUACAUAUAAAGCACUACAGUUUCAUUUCCACUGGGGUGCAAAGAAUAUGAGAGGAUCAGAACAUGCUCUCAACGCUAAAUUUUAUCCUGCGGAGCUGCACAUCGUCCAUUGGGAUAACACAACUUUUCCAGAUGUUUCCACAGCAAUCAAGUCACCGAGAGGACUCGCCGUACUAGGCUUUUUCAUGGAUAUUUGCACACCAACGAAUCCUGCCAUGGAAAAAUUUGGCGUAGACAUACCAAGAAUAGAACGUGAAAGUGAUGUCUCUAUCCCAAUGACCCAACUUAUUAGACUAGGAGACCUCAUCAAGGGUGCCAAAAUGGACGAUUACUAUCGGUACAACGGUUCUCUUACGACACCCGGAUGUUGGGAAAGUGUCGUCUGGACAGUCUUUAAGCGGCCAAUUUGUGUUUCUCCAGCUACGAUUUCAAGGUUUAGGAUGUUAAAGGGAACUACACCACAAAGAGUUGUCGCUCCAAUUUUGGACAACUUUAGGCCAAUACAAGCACUCAACUCCCGCACACUUAUCCACAGUGUUCGACCAGGAAGUAGGCAUAGCGACUUUUGCCAGCAAGUGCGGGUUCCAAUGUGUCAAGAAGUUGGGUUUUCCAUGACAUCAUUCCCAAAUAUGUUUGGCCAUCAAACACAAGAAGAAGCCGGACGUGAGUUAGAGAGGUGGAGGGUUCUGAUCGACUCCGCUUGCUCUCAUCGCCUUCAAAAUUUCCUCUGCUCCGCAUAUAUUCCCGCGUGUGAUGGUGGUGCUUCAUUCAUACCUUGCCGAGAGACUUGCCGUGACGUUCAGAAAAAUUGCGCUGUGGCUAUGCUGAAGACCAGAAUUGAUUGGCCUAAAGAACUCACUUGUACUCCAUUGCCUGGCUUAGGAAAAACAAAUCAUGAUUGCCUUGCAGAAACCAGGCCACCUUUAUCAAUAAAACAAUUGACGAUCAGCCAAAUAUCGAGAAAUCGUGUUAAGUUGUCUUGGAUUGGACCAACCCACACACGAACUGAGGUGCGACAUUACGAAAUCACUAUGUCCAACCGUAUUUCGGGACUGAUGCACAAAGAAACCGUAUCCGUUUCCCGUGAUGAGUUUAACACCGGAGCGCUUAGGCCCGGUAUCUACAUAUUUACAAUCAAAGCAGUCAACUACCUUGGUGAUGGACCAACUGAGACCAGAUCAAUCAACGUCAAAGAUAUUAUAGAUGAAAAUUCUCGUUUCAACGUACAUAUUCUGCCCCGACAGUAUUCGAUUGUAAAUAGGGGAGAACCGAACAUGUUUAAGGCAUUUGUUGAUGUCCAAGCUCAAGGUGUUUCAAAUGAUUACUGCAGAAUUGUUAAAGACGGAACUUCAUACUUCUUGACAUGCGCAUUGGCAGGUUCAGCAGUUGAGGGAGACAUGAACUACAAUGUCACUGGUCAACCAAACUUUAUUCCUGGCUACCCAGACACUUGGUACAUGAAAGACGAGAAUAGUGACGGACGAGAUGACUACUGUCGGUGCAUUGACGUUGGAAUGAGAACGCAAUUCUCUUGCAUACCAGCUGGAGUUGGUGGAUUUGAAGGUGCUUAUGAAUUCCCGCCAGUUCCGCAAAUACACAGUUGUCAAACAUUGCAUAUAAAUCAUAUCCUAGGCCCAUAGAUGGAUGAGAGAUGCAAUCAAUCAACCUAAAACUUUUGUUGCUAAAUGAUCACCCAGCGUUAUUCUAAUCCUACCGUUAUAGUUUCCUCAAAAUCGUUAUGCGAUAUUGCCGACAGCUUUCGGCGACGUAGAUUCGCCUACAGAAUCGCGGAGCCAUCCAAAUUAUGCCGGAGACAACUACUCAGUUCAGUGUACGACUGUGAAAGGAUGUCGCAAGAGUGUAGCAAUUUUAUGGAUACCGGGCUGAACACCCUCUCUAGGCCAGUACAAUGUAAUUGACAGUUGAAUAUAAAGAAAACCAAGUCUGAGGCUGGACCUUCAGCAAAAAAGAAUAAAGACUAUAACACAAAACUGGUGUGGGAAAUGCAGUUGAGAAAAUGUUGAAAACCUCAA